AUGGCCUUGAACAAUCGCCUACAAGGAACAUUGCCUGCAGAUAUAAACCUUAAUCCAAAGGAGCAGAACCCGAAUCAGCUCAUGGCAGUGAGUCUUAGGAAUGGGAGAGAUUUAGACAAGGAGCAAGAAGUUGCUGAAGCCAGGAGAGAGACAACGCCACCUACUCCAGCUAUUCCAGUUACAUUAGAAACCGAUGAGUCGUCAGAGCUCACCAAGGUUGUAAUCGAGCAAGCACAAGUUGACAAGGGUAAUGAGAAGAAAGGUGAACAACUCCCAGAACAGGACCUGUCCACUGUAACUCUGACGCAGACCUGUAGCGCGGUAGUGAUAAGACCUAUGGCUCAAAAGGUGUCUGAUCCAGGUAGUUUCACUAUCUCAUGCACCAUUGGGAGUUAUGCUUUUGCUAAAGCAUUGUGUAACUUGGGAGCUAGUAUAAACUUAAUGCCCUUGGAAAUAUAUACAAAAUUGGGCAUUGGCAGAGCUAGACCAACCUCAAUGUUGCUGCAACUGGCUGAUCGCACAGUGAAAAGACCGACUGGAAUUCUUGAUGAUGUGCUUGUUCAAGUGGGGAAAUUUGCAUUCCCUAUAGACUUCGUCAUUCUUGACUAUCAAGUGGAUGAAGAGAUACCAAUCAUUCUGGGUAGGUCGUUUUUAGCCACAAGGAGAGCAUUGAUUGUGGAGACUAGGGAAUUGAAAAUGAGGUUGAACAAUGAAGAAAUCAUAUUCAAUGUUCAUCAAUCUAUGAGGAGACCCAGCGAAUUUGCAAAUUGCUCACUAGUGGAGGCCGUAGAUGUGAUACUACAAGAGGAGGAUGAGACUAUUAAUGUCAGGGAUCCGUUAGAAGCUUGCUUAAUGAAUAUGGAAAAUAUGGAUGGUGAGGAAUUGGUAGAGUGUCAUGGCUCUCGAAGGUCAAGGGUUCUGGAAAAGGGAGCCCGAGUUUGA